AUGGGCUUGCUAUACAACAUAUUUGUCGCGCUCUUUUCGUCAAUAGGGGCCUUUUUAUUCGGCUAUGACAGUGGGAUUAUCGCUUCCGUCAUUACCAUGGAUCAUUAUAUCGCACAUUUUGGUAACGACGCUGACAUCAAAGGGGCAGUGGUCUCGACAUUCAAUGGUGGCUGCUUCCUUGGCGCUGCUGGUGCCGGAUGGAGUAACGACAGAUUUGGACGCAAAAGGACCAUUCAAAUUGGAUGUAUCAUCGCCCUUUGGGGUUGCGCCAUGCAGACGGGGGCAAAUAAUGUCGCAACCUUGCUUACUGGGCGUAUCAUUGCUGGUGUCGCCAUUGGAGUUCUGUCUAUGACGGUGCCUUUAUACAAUACUGAAGUGGCACCUCCGAAGAUUCGUGGAUUUCUAGUGGGUUUAACCCAGCAGAUGUUGGGAAUCGGUUUUAUCGUGGCCAACUGGGUCGGGUACGGCUCACAAUACAUCAAGUCGGAUGCUUCCUGGAGGCUACCUCUUGGCUUACAGAUGGCCCCUGCUGGACUGCUUUUGGUUGGCACUCAGUUCCUACCGUACAGUCCUCGGUGGCUUCUGGAAGUGGGAAGAGAUGAUGAAGCUCGCGCAGUCGUAUUACAGUUGCACAACAACGACCAGAUCUCUGCAGACAAGGAGUACACACAGAUGUACGAAACAAUUAAGGCAGAACUAUCCGUCAAGAGUAGCCGUCUAAGCGACCUAUGCGGCACUCGCGCAAUGAGAUGGCGUACAUUUGUUGCGAUGGGCGUGCAAAUUUUCUGCCAGUUCACGGGAAUUAAUGUGAUCAAUUACUAUGGUCCGGACAUGUACAAGAGCCUGGGUAUAAUAGGCGGAAAGGCUCUGCUGGUCCAAGGAAUAUACGGCGCUGUCGGCCCAAUUGCCAACUUAUUCUUCAUCAUUUUCAUUCUCGACAGAGUAGGACGAAAGAAGCCUCUUCUUUUUGGAGCUGGAAGUCUUGUAGUUACGUUCUCCAUCCUCGCCGCCAUCCUCGCCACAAACCCUGUCGGCUCUGCUGACUCCAGCAUCUCAGCCCAAAGGUCGGGAUCCGAGUUCAAGAUAGCGUCGAUACAUCAAUUUAACUUGAAAUCGAAGGGCUGGUAUCGCAAUGAUAUUCUUGACAAGUAUAUUCUUCUCCUUAAGCUUUGGCCCUGUCAGUUGGGUUCUGGCUUCCGAGGUUUUCCCUACAAGCACUCGCGCAAUCGGAACCAGUGUGGCAACUUGUUCUAA